CAGUUCGUUCGCUCUCUCCUCUUCCACAAUGUCUUCCAACGGACGCUCCAAAUCUGCCGCUCCCAUCUCCCCUGAGCCCGACGCUGAUGCUUCUUCCCCCAACAAGAAGCUCAAAUCCGAGCUCAAUGGAGAUGGAACUCCCAUUUCACAUUCCCCCGCUAAACUGGCUUCUCAGAGCACGAAGGUGAAGGCGGAAUUGAGCGGCGACGAGGACUAUGAUUCGGCUAGGUUCGUGGAGCCCCGCAUUCCAGAUAGUGAGGCGAGAGAACGGUGGCCUCUGCAGUAUCGGGGAAAGAAGCAGCAGCAGGUAGAUGGGGAGAAAAAUUCAAGGGAUGACGCUGAAGAGGUAAUUCAGGCUCACCGUCAUUACUCACAGGCUGAAGUUGACAAUACCAUUUACAAUCUCUUUGAUGAUGCCCAUGUUAAGGCUGAAGAUGGGGAGGAAGAUUAUAUAUGCAGAAUUGUUGAAAUGUUCGAGGCUGUCGAUGGGCAACUAUAUUUCACUGCUCAAUGGUAUUAUAGAGCUAAAGAUACUGUUGUGAAAGAUCAUGCUCAUCUCAUCAAUGACAAGCGUGUAUUCUUUUCAGAAGUUCGGGAUGAUAAUCCAUUGGAUUGUCUUGUUAAGAAGCUAAAUAUAGCUAGAAUUCCUAUAAGUAUGGCCAUGGAUAAGAAGAAAACCCGUCCUCCAGCUUGUGACUUCUACUGUGACAUGUUAUACUUGUUGCCGUAUUCCUCAUUCAUUAAACUGCCUGAAAGUGAGAAAAGGGUUGGCAGUGAGGCGUCGUCGACAAUUUCCUCCGAGGGUGAUACCAAUGGACCAUGUGAAGUGACCUCAAUUGGGGAUGUCACUCAAGCACAUCAGUGUUGUAAGCCUGAUGUUGCACUUCUUGAUUUAUAUUCAGGAUGUGGUGCCAUGUCAACUGGAUUAUGUUUAGGCGGCAAUUUGUCUGGGGUGAACCUAGUCACAAAAUGGGCAGUUGAUUUAAAUCAAUAUGCUUGUGAAAGUCUAAAGUUCAAUCACCCAGAGACAGAGGUUAGAAAUGAAAUGGCAGAAGAUUUUUUAUCGUUUUUAAAAGAGUGGGAAGUUCUUUGCAAAUAUUUUUCGUUGAUAAAAAGUGAAGGGCCACAACAAAAGUACGUAGAUCUUUUUGCUAAUGAAGAGGAAGGGGAAGAUGAAGGGGAAGCUGAAAAGACUGAAGAUGAUGAAGAGGUGUUUGAAGUAGGAAAAAUACUUGCAAUAUGUUACGGUGAUCCUAAUGGAACUAAAAAGCGUGGAUUGUUUCUUAAGGUUUCCUGGAAGGGUUAUGGCUCUGAAGAAGACACAUGGGAGCCAAUUGAGGGAUUGAGCAACUGCAAGGAAAAGUUGAAAGAUUUUGUGACAAAUGGUUACAAAUCAAAGAGCUUACCUUUGCCUGGUGAUGUGGAUGUUAUCUGCGGAGGGCCUCCUUGCCAGGGUAUUAGUGGUUUCAAUCGCUUCAGGAACAUAGAAAAUCCACUGGAAGAUGAGAAAAACAAACAGCUUGUUGUCUUCAUGGACUUAGUGGAGUAUCUUAGGCCUAAUUAUGUUUUGAUGGAGAAUGUAUUAGAUAUUGUAAGGUUUGCCAAUGGAUAUCUGGGACGGUAUGCGCUUGGUCGUUUAAUAUCAAUGAAUUAUCAAGUUCGUAUGGGAAUGAUAGCAGCAGGUGCAUAUGGACUUCCACAAUUUCGUAGGCGAAUGUUUAUGUGGGGUGCCCAACCAACAGAGAAGCUUCCACAGUAUCCUCUUCCAACUCAUGAUGUUGUAGUGAGGGGUGGAGUUCCUACUGAAUUUGAGAUGAAUGCUGUUGCUUUUGAUGAUGGACAUAAUGGCGUUGAGUUGGAAAAAAAGCUUCUUUUGGAAGAUGCAAUUUCUGAUCUUCCUGUUGUUGGAAAUGAUGAGCGUCAAGAUGAAAUGCCUAUUGAUAAACCUCCCAUGACUGAGUUUCAGCGUUUAAUUAGAUUGCCUAGGGAAGGUUCCUGAUUAUGCCAUGACUUUUGUAAAGGGAUCAUCACCAAAGCCAUUUGGGCGCUUAUGGUGGGACGAGACAGUACCUACAGUUGUUACUCGGGCAGAGCCUCACAACCAGGUACAUUCAAGUAGGAAAUGCAGUAGCAGUCCCGGUUGCUCGAGCGUUAGGAUAUUCGUUAGGCAUGGCGUUUCAAGGUCUUGCUGCAGAUGAGCCUGUAUUUAGUCUACCCAAAAAGUUUCCCAACAUUGUCAAACAACAGGGGAGUUGCUUGAAGAGGUAAUUCUAUAUGUAAAAGUAUGUUGUAUGUUGUGUUUAGCUUAUUGGAUUAUUCACUUUAUCCCAUUAAUGUAUUGUGGAAAUGUGCAAUUAAGAGAUAACCUUCAUAUUUAUAUCAUAAUCAAUUCCAU